AUGCUCCAGCGGCUUGCAGAGAUUGUGCCCAAGGGCAGGGUUCUCAUCGGAGACACUUUCUGGGAGCGUCAACCGACAGAUAUUGCACAAGAGAUACAUGGAGAUGACAUUCCUAUGCUCAUAGAUCUUGUUGCAAUGUGCCGAGAGACGGGUUGGGAGAUUCUAAAUCUGACAACAGCGGAUCAGAGGGAGUGGGACAACUUCGAGUCUAGUCACCGAGCUGGACUACGGCAGUGGAUAAUUGAGAAUCCAAACUCCCCAAAAGCUCAAGAAAUAAGAGAACGGCUAGAUGAGAGAGAGCGCGAAUAUAUCAUGAACUACCGUGGUCUCUUGGGCUUCGCCUAUCUUGUUCUAGGGCGAUAA